UUUCGGGGGCGGACCAAGAUGGCGGCGCCCACGGGCGCCAUCCCCGGCGGGUCGCCGCCCCUGGGGACCCCCCAGAAGGUCCGGCUGCUCAUCGGCGAGGGCAUCGUCCCCGAGGAGGGACACCCCGAACGGAAAGACACACCUGCUUUGUCCGAAUCAGUUAAUGGAUCACCCCAAGCAGAACAACAACCUCCGUUUGAAACUACAAGCAAAGACGCCUUCUUCAACAGAGUGGAAACAUUUACUUCGCUAAAAUGGGCAGGUAAACCCCGUGAGCUGUCCCCGCUGGUCUGUGCCAAGUACGGAUGGAUGACCAUUGAGUGUGACAUGCUCAAGUGUUCCGGCUGCCAGGCUUUCCUCUGCGCGAGCCUGCAGCCCGCUUUCGACUUUGACAAAUAUAAGGAACGAUGCGCUGAGCUGAAGAAAGCCCUAUGUACAGCACACGAAAAGUUCUGCUUCUGGCCAGACAGUCCGUGCCCAGAUCGUUUUGGAGUUCUGCUGUUGGAUGAGCCUCUUGCCCUGCUUGGUGAUUUCCUUGACCGUUUCCAAAGCCUCUGUCACCUGGACCUCCAACUGCCUGCCCUGAGGCCUGAUGACAUGAAGAACAUGAGCUUAACUGAGGACAAGAUCAGCCUCCUUCUGCAUCUGAUUGAGGAUGAGCUCGAACACAGAACCGACGGGGACAGAGCUGCCGUCAAACUGGGCUCGGACAUCCAAGUCCACAUCGCCGCUUGUAUCCUGGCUGUCUUUGGCUGGGCGUGUAGCUCUUCCUCGGAGUCCACGCACCUCUCGCUGAUUUCGUGCUCCCGCUGCAUGAGGAAAGUGGGGCUCUGGGGCUUCCAACAGAUCGAGUCCGCCCUGUCCGACCUUGAAGUCUCCUGUGGCCUGACCGGCCCCCAGAUGGCAGCCCCGGAUGGGCGCCCCGAGCGCUUUCCCCUGGUCCCUGAGUCGCCACGGAGGAUGAUGACCCGCAGCCGAGAUACCAUGUUCCCCUUUGGGCCCGAGCAGCCACCGGAAAAGAGCCCGGGCUUUGUCCUCACCCGCACCCGGAGCUGGGACUGCUCCAGCCCCAUCGAUCGGCCUGAGCUGGACGCCGCGAGCCCUGCCACCAGAAGCCGCCCUGUGACUCGCAGCAUGGGGCAAGGAGAUACCACCGGCGCGGAAGUGCCCUCCAGCCCGCUCCGGAAAGCCAAGCGGGCCCGCCUCUGCUCCUCUAGCAGCUCGGACACAUCUCCCCGCAGCGUCUUCGACCCGGCCUCUCAGCACAGAGACUGGUGUCCCUGGGUCAACGGGGCUCAGGGCGGGGACGUCCAAGAGAGCAGCAGGGACGAGUCAGACGUCUGCACGGCAGCAGAACCCGGCUGGGAGGCCGUGCUGAACCUUCUCCUCGCCCAUAAGUCUUCUCACCCGCCGGCGGACACAGACUCUAUGAGUCUCUCUCAGAAGUCACGGAAGGUGUUCCGGAUCUUUCAACAAUGGGAAUCUGUGCCCUCAUCUUGAAGAUAUUCCAUUCCCUUCCCAAAUUCAAGCUUUCCUCAGGCAGCAGAAGUGUAGAUCCCCAGCCCGUAAGCGUGAAGAACACCAGUUGGAGAGAGAGAGUGUGUGUGUGUCCUGCCUCCGUCUUCCUUAGCAGACCUGGCCCGAGGGGAAGGGAUAGGAUGUAGCAUCCUUUGAGGGCUUUGGUUUAGCUGAAGAGUGGGAGCAUUGAUUGUGAACCAAAGACCUAACCACCUUUCCCAGUGCCCCAUCAACCAGGACUGCUUGAUGCUUCCAUCCCAGAAUUGUGACAGUAGAAGAUAAUAAAACAUUUCAUUGGGUUUUUCUUA